UCGAAACAAGGACUUCCAUUGUCUUCUCGCAUCCAGAGACUGUCCUUUUUUGGGGGGGAAUAUUCUAGACUUUUAUUAUUCAGCUUUACUUUUGAAAGUGUUGAAUUGUUGUUAGUUGUGUUUCGCGGUUUUUGAACACUUUUUUUGAAAUUCUGAAUUGAAGUCAGAAUGCUGGAUCCACUGGCUGAGUUGAGAAGAACCGGAGGCUUUAGGCAGUGUGGUGGCCGGUUGUCCUGGCAGGUGCGUUGGAUCUUGUACAGCAUGUGCGUACUGACGGUAAUAAACUGUGCUGGCCUGGUUCUGCUCCUGGUUCAGCAGAGAGAGCUGUGGGCUCAUCUGACUGAGGUGGAGAGGCAGAUGGUGGAGAUUUCUCAGAGCUCUGUGGUGGAGUUCAUGACACAGGUGAACGAAGAUGAGGCUGAGUAUCAAUACUCCAGAAACAAACGCAGCCGGCAGCAUCGAGGGACACGACCCUUUGAGGAGCACGAGGGGAGUGUGGGAGAGGAAGUCUUGGGAGAUUUCCAGUAUCAGUAUCCGAAGCCGCAUGGGCCGGUUUACCAGCACAAAUUAGAAGAGCAGGAUGGAAUGAUGACAAUGAUGACAUACUCCAUGGUGCCAGUUAAAAUUCUUCUGGACAUUUGCAACAGUACUAAAGGAGUCUGUCUGACUGGGCCACCAGGACCACCAGGACAACCAGGAAUUCCAGGCUUGCCGGGUGUGGACGGAAUGCCGGGGUAUAAUGGAACAGAUGGAAUUCCAGGGUUGCCAGGAGAGCCUGGAGCACAUGGAAAACGAGGAAAAAGAGGUCCUCCAGGUGAGAAGGGUGAGCCUGGUGAUAGAGGAGAGCAAGGAUAUCCUGGACUCCCAGGACCCCCCGGAGAACAGGGCGAACCUUCAAAUUAUGUCAUCGUAGAGGGUCCACCUGGUCCGAUGGGGCCCCCUGGCCUCCCUGGUCCACCUGGCCUUCCAGUGCCCCCCGGGCCUCAGGGGCCACCAAGACACAGGAGCCACAGAGCACAUCUCCACAUGGGGAAGGAGUCUGUGGGUCACCUUAAUUCAGUCCCAAAUGAUGACACCAUCAGCCAGAAAAUGGCAUCACGGAAGAUAAACGACUGUGUCAUAAAGUCAGUGCAGAACCCAAGACAUCUGAUGAAAAUGAGCAGCACGUUUGGAGCGUGGAUGAUGGACACUGCUGCUCAUGACAAUGAGAAGAUCUGGGUAGCAGAACAUUUCUCAGGACGUAUCAUAAAGGAAUACAACAGUAUCGCGGCAUUCCAGAACAGCAGCAGUGAAUCCAUUGAUGUCCGGAAAUUUUUCCAAGGUUGCGGCCACGCUGUACAUAACGACUCCAUAUUCUACCACAUCGCGGGAACUUCCAAUAUUGCUAAGUUUGACCUCCAGACGAAGAUCUUACACAUGCUGACCAUUGAAAAUGCUUUCUAUCACAAUAAGUCCUACCUCCUUGAGAACUCAAAGACCUAUUUCAAAUUGGCAGUGGAUGAGAACGGUAUGUGGAUCAUAUUUGCCUCCGACACUGACGACAACAUAAUGGUGGCACGACUGGAUGAGAAAACAUUCUCCGUCACCACAUACAUCAACGCCACCUAUCCCAGGACCAAGGUCGGUAAUGCAUUUAUCGCCUGCGGGAUCCUCUACGUCACGGAUACUAAAGACACAAAAGUGACGUACGCCUUUGACCUCCUGAAAGAGAAGCCUGUUAGUGUCAGUUUAGAUCUGAGGGCACCUGGAGGGGUUCUGUCCAUGAUCUCAUACAAUCCCAGAGACAAACAUCUCUACAUAUGGGACAGCAGCUACGUCAAGUCAUACCAAGUCCAGUUCCACUCAGAUGAAUAAUCAAAAAUCAAUGACAUAAUUGCAAUACUUUGUGUUUUGUUUUGUCAUGUUCAUGUAUAUUUAUAAGCAAAUAACCAAUGCUUCAGUUGCUACCCAUAUGUGUACCCAUAUAUUUUAUUUUCUCAAGUGGAUGAUAGAUCAAGAACUAAAUUGUCUAACUAGUGAUAUUCGCAUCAAAUAUUUGGACACUUCUGCCACCCUCAAAUCUCAUUGUGUUAGAUAAAAUAUAAAGCCAAGUGUCAUCGGAAAACAAACAGCUUUUAUUCAACUGAUUUAUUUAUUUUUAUUUUUUUUUGUAUGAAAUCAGUUCUAUCCAAGUUGAUACAUUUUAAUCAUUUAAAGCCUAAAUAGAAAAUACAGGCCUUGUUUCACAGACAGGGUUUAGGUUAAGCCAGGAUUAGGCCACAGUUCAAUUAGGACAUUUAAGCAUCUUUUAUAAACCUGCCUUAGAAAAUAACAUUACUCGUGUGCAUCCUGAGACAAAACAUUUCCUUUCAGGAAAAACAGCCCAGACAUGCAUUUUAGUCUGGGAUAGGCUUAAGCCUCGUCUGUGAAACCGGGGAAUAGCGUCUAAUUCAAACUAAGCUUGGAAAAAAGAAAAUAAAUAAAUAAAUCCUGCACACUACUCAAACGCGCGCAGUUACAAAAUUUUACUAGCAAUGUUUAAAGCCUGAGAAGGGUCAAUUGAAUAAAUCAGUUCUAAUAAAAUUUUGUAGAUACAAGUUUGAGUAGAGCGCAGGAUUUCAGUUUAUCAUUCAAAGCCUUACAAACAUGUUUUGUAAAAUGUUUCGUUUGAAAAGUGAGUUUGCCCUUUCUUUCCUUAAAAUACAUGCGCUUGAUUUGAAAAUUUUUAUCUAAUGUAAUGCAUUUUUAAAUCUGAAUUGAGUGUCCAAAUGCA